ACAGUUGAUGAACAUAUCUCCAAAGCGCGUGUUCACUUUGUUCAUUCCUGUCCAGCCUCAGCUUUCUGCUCCCAUGUUUUGAGCUCGCUCCUUUUGGAGAAAGUUCACCAUGUCCACCGGGUCUCUCAGCGAUGUUGACGACGAGCUCCUGGAUGGCAUCCUGAAGUUUGGCUCCUCCGGUAAAGACUCUAACGACAGCACGGAAGAGAGCUCCAACUGCGAGGGCACUUGCGCAGACGACGUGCCGGGCAAGAAACGGAAGACGUCCCGGAAAAAGGCACCCAAGGGUGUGGCACAGCAGGAGGGAAAACAUGGGCAGAGGAACGCGGCCAACGCCCGGGAGAGAGCCAGGAUGCGCGUCCUGUCCAAAGCCUUCUCCCGACUGAAGACCACCUUACCCUGGGUACCAGCGGACACCAAGCUCUCCAAACUGGACACUCUGCGCCUGGCGUCCAGCUACAUCGCGCACCUUCGGCAGAUACUGGCCAACGACAAAUAUGAAAACGGAUAUAUCCACCCCGUUAACCUGACGUGGCCUUUUAUGGUUGCAGGUAAGCCGGAGAACGAUUUGAAGGAGAUGCUGAACACAACAAGGUUAUGUGGAACAACGGCGUCUUGACAAAACCAAGGAACAAGGAACUUUCCAAGAGAAAACAAUCAAGAUUGUCACUGACAUGCACGUCUCAUCUCCGCAUACUUUGAGUGGGAAUAACGGAGAGAGUAUCCUCUCUUCUUCGUUCCCGUAAAGACAAGUUAAAUUUUAUUUAAAUGCAUUCUGUCACCCAUUGUUGUCUUUGCUGGUUCAAAGAUGAACUGCGUGCUUUGAAUUGCUUCUUUUUUUAUACUCUGCAGACGCAUUUCUACGCAUCCACGCCUGUUUUUGGCGGCUGCAUUAUGAAGGAUGGAUGUGCACAUGAAAAGUGUCCACUGUCUCAAAUGGUUGUAUAGAUUACAUGUAUAUAAAAUAUAUUUGUAUCACUUUUA